AUGAGUGGCCAUUUAUCUGUUGAUGAUCGAUGGCGAAUUAUUUCGUUACGCUUUAAUCAAGGUAUGACUCCGAAUCAAAUAGCUUAUAUUAUUAAUUGUUCACGUAUAACUGUUUUCAAUAUUUUACAAUUAUUUCACGAAACAAAUAAUAUUAUCGAACGCGAAGGACGUGGUCGUCCUUUAUUAAAUAAUAGAAAAUGA